UGUCAACAAAGAUCUUAUAAAUCAUAAAUCCAAGGAAGUAUUAUAAAUAUUUAUUUUUUGAUUAUAUUGUGAUAUUGUUGGAUUGUCGUGUAUCGCAAAAUCAUGCCUGAUAAUGAAGAAAGAAGCUCAACAUUCUCUUCUGAUGAAUUCCAAAUGAUCUGCCGCUCUUGUUUUGAAAAUAAAGGAAUUACUAACAUAUUCCUUAUUAGCCAUGCAGAUUCCCGUAUAUGUGAUUUGUUUUCAACGAUUUCUCUACUAGAAUUGAAGGAAGGUGAUGGUAUGCCUGAAAUGUUAUGCUCCAAUUGCACAGACUUUGUUAUUCAGUUCUAUACUUUCAGAAAACGAGCCCAAGAAUCUGAGACAGCUUUGAAAAAUACUAUUUUGAACAAUUUGAAGCUUGUUAAGGAAGAUAAGAAUGAAUAUAGGCCUCAGUUGUUUGACAAUGAUGAUAUAACUGAAAGCAAUGAAUUUUCUCAUGAUGGAAAUGAAACUAACCCAGACAUAGAAAAGCAAACUAGAAAAACAAUUCCAAGAAAAAUUCCAAAAGACCUAACAUGCUCAUUUUGUAAUCUUAAAUUUGACACCUAUGGUACUUACAAGAUACACAGGAAAAAAGAAGCUAAUAGAAGAAGAAGAAAGACACAUUGUUCAAUAUGUAACAAACUCAUCAGUGUACACAAAAUGAGAGACCAUGUUAAUUCUCAUACAAAAGAAAGACCAUAUGAAUGUCAAACUUGUGGUGAAAAAUUUCGGCAUGGAUCAAAUCUAGCACGGCACCGAUUUUUGCACAUUGAAAAGAAGCCCCAUGAAUGUCAUCUCUGUAGCAGAGGUUUCAUUCAAAUUUCUGCACUAACUGACCACAUCCGUACUCACUAUGGUGAGAAAUCUUUCACAUGUUCUGCUUGUGGUAAAGGAUUUGUGACAAAACGUGCACUUGGUCAUCAUAUCAGUAUGCACAAAAUAAAAGAUGGAGAGGGAAUUAUUGAUUCAACUGCAUUGAUAUGUGAAGAAUGCAAUAAAACAUUUUCCUCAAAAUCAUCAUUGAAGCAACACAUGCUAAUCCAUUGUGACAAAAAGUUUUUAUGUAGUGAAUGUGGGAAAAAAUUCUCAAAUAAAUAUCUCCUUGCAUCCCACAUGAGAAUUCAUUCAGGGGCCAAACCUUAUUCUUGUGAAAUAUGCAAUAAGAGCUUCUCUCAGAAAGGCAGUCUCAAUACACAUAUUCUUGUCCAUACAGGUGAGAAGCCCAUUUUAUGCAUAAUUUGUGGAAAAAGAUUCUCACAAAAAGGCCACCUUACCAGCCAUAUGAGAUUACACAGCAGAGAGAAGCCUUAUACUUGCACUUAUUGUGAUAAGACUUUUAGUCACUCUGGAACUCUUAAAGUGCACACUAGAAUUCACACUGGAGAAAAGCCAUUCAUUUGUCAUAUAUGCUCAAAAGGAUUUUAUGAUUCUAGCAGCAUGAAGAAACAUAUCAUUAAAGUACAUGAUGAUGUUGAAAGGGAUGAAAAAUUAGAAACUAUGGAAUUAGCUCCACCACAAACAUUGAGUUGAAUGGAAAUAUUGGUGGAAACAUUCCAUGACCACCAAAUAAUUGGCCAGUAUUGAUACAAGAGUGGCUAUAAAUGUUAUGAAAGAGUUCAUAAUGGAUAAAUUGUACAUAAUUAUAUGUAUAAUUUUUAUAAUUAUAAUUUACAUAUAUUCUUAAAAAUUGCUUUUUCGAAAGCUCUGUGAAUGUAAAAAUGCAUGCAAAUGAGUAGAUAUUUAUUCAUACAUAUUGUGU